ACGGCGAAACGUUUCGGCUUCGUCCUUUUUCGCAGGAGUCCUGAUCCUGGUGCCCGUUUCGAAGGAUGCGAUUCGAUAUUGUCGUGGGUUACGUUGGCCUUGUGCGGAACGAACAAAUGACUGUCUGAUUGCAGUCGGUCGUGGCCUGCUGGCUAUUCGCAUGAUUGAUUCCGUUCAGUACGACUGUUUAUUGGUUUGUGUGCGUGCAUGUGCUGUCGGUUUACGCGAAUGAGUGGUUAUUUUCGGAGGAAAUCUGGUCAUUUUAGCGAUUCUGGAUAACGUUGACGGAAUAGCAGCAAGAUGGCGAGCGAAUCUCCCACGGAUCUCAACGCUAAUGGAAAUGAACCUACGAUUCAGACUAUUAUAAAAAACCCAAGGACGAAUGUAACCACAACUUCGUUGCAGACCAACUCUCAAAGCAGUACUACGACGACCAGAGUUAGCAAAUCGACGACCAGCUCGACGUCGACGAGUCAGCGUCGGCACGUCACCUCCGAUCUGAAGGCGUCUAACAUGAAAUCCGAUUUGGUCGAAUUGAAGAACAACCUCAACGACAUGAAGAACAGCCUGCCGAACACGCUCAUCAAGUUCAAGAGUUCGCUGGAGAACCUGGUGGACGCAGACGACGAGAUGAGCAACAUGACGUACAGUAGUCCGAUUGUGACGUUUCCUGAAGAUAACACGCCGUUGCCUUCCGAAAUGGGGUCGCCCACCAACAUCGUCGAUUCGCUCAAGUUCGAGCAGAAAACGAUGAAUAACUUCAAGAAAACUAUGGUGAUGAAAGACGGUAUGAGCGCCGAGAAGGAAAGCGCCAAGGUGGCGGAAUCGAAGAAAAUUCAAGCUGGCGAUCUGUCUUACGAGGAAAAUAGUGCAGCAGCCGCAACAAGGGCUAGAUUGGAAAUAGACGGAGUUUCAGCUGAAAAGAGUCAGCUAACAGCGAAGGAAGCGAGGUUACUGAAGGCGGGCGAGCUUAGUCAACAGGAAUCGAAAAACAUGGCCCAAACCAAUAUGAAACUCACGACGGACAAAUUCAGUAGCGAAAGGACAGCCAUCGAAUCCCAGCAACAGCGUCAAACGGUCACUACUAGUGGUAUAUAUAAUCAGGAAAAACAUAGUUCCAGUUCUAGUCACGUAUACACCUCCACUAAGGCUUCCAGUAACACUGCUGCUAUGAUGCAAUCUACAAGACAGUUCCACCUCAUGAACGGUACACCAGAAGAAUCGAUACUGAACACUUCCCUGGACGAUCUAGAUGGACUAUCCGCCCAAUCCGACGUUCACGACAUCGAAAGGGCGAAACACAAAUACUCCACAUACCUAGACGAAUCGAUACGCUGUUUGCAGAAAUUGGAUCAGAGCAAAGAUGCGCCUUUGAUCCUCAACAAAAUCAACGACGUGAUGUGUAAAGCCUGGGCUGUACCAACCUACGGCCACGAGCUGGGUUACGCGCUAUGCAACGCUCUCAGGAAUAGCGGAGGUCUAGAUUUAAUCAUGCAGAAUUGUACCAAAUCCGACAAGGAUCUUCAGUUUUCCAGCGCCAAGCUCUUGGAGCAAUGCCUGACAGCGGAGAACAGAGCACACGUUGUCGAGCACGGAUUGGAUAAGGUAAUUAACGUCGCCUGUGUUUGUACUAAAAACUCCAACGUGGACCAUUCGCGAGUUGGAACCGGCAUUCUUGAACACCUGUUCAAACAUAGCGAAGAAACUUGCAGCGACGUGGUUGGUCUAGGAGGCUUGGACGCACUCCUCUUCGAGUGCAGAAAGACAGACAUUGAAACAUUGAGGCACUGCGCCGGAGCUUUGGCUAAUCUUAGUUUGUACGGUGGGGCCGAAAAUCAGGAGGCCAUGAUAAAGCGCCAGGUGCCGAUGUGGCUUUUCCCUCUGGCAUUCCACAACGACGACAAUAUAAAAUACUACGCUUGCUUGGCCAUUACGGUGCUUGUGGCCAACCCUGAGAUAGAAGCUCAAGUGCUAUCGUCUGGCACCCUCAACUUGGUAGAACCUUUCGUCACCUCUCAUAACCCUUCAGAGUUCGCAAAGUCUAACCUCGCCCAUGCUCACGGGCAAAGCAAAACUUGGUUGAAGAAUUUGGUACCGGUGCUCAGUUCGAAACGAGAAGAGGCGAGGAACCUGGCCGCCUUCCACUUCUGCAUGGAAGCGGGUAUCAAGAAGCAGCAAGGAAACACCAAUAUGUUUUCGGAAAUCGGUGCCGUCGAGUCGCUGAAGAAAGUCGCGAGUUGUCCGAACGCUGUGGCUUCCAAGUACGCGGCGCAAGCUCUGCGUUUGAUCGGGGAGGAGGUACCGCACAAGCUCAGCCAGCAAGUGCCGCUCUGGUCUGCCGAAGACGUCGAAGAGUGGGUGAAACAGAUUGGGUUUCCUGAAAUCGCGUCAAGUUUUGUCGAUAGUAGGGUUGACGGGGAUCUUUUACUGCAACUGACUGAAGAUAAUCUUAGGGACGACAUUGGACUAACCAAUGGAAUCAAACGAAAGAGGUUCACCAGGGAACUGCAGCAGCUCAAAAAAAUGGCAGACUACACCUCAAGAGACACCGCUCACAUCAACAACUUCCUCCAACAACUCGGCCCCGAGUUCUCAAUAUACACCUACAGUUUCCUGAACGCGGGAGUAGAGAAAAAAGACUACCUUCGAAACAUCUCCGAAGACCAGCUCUUGAGCGAAGUCGGUAUCAAGAACUCCAUCCACAGAUACAGGAUCAUGGAGGGAAUAAGGCAGCUGGAAAACGGCCUCGUAAAUGGACUGAACGAGGAAAACAUGGACAAGUCUCUGGACGUCUUCGUCAGCUACAGGCGGUCGAACGGAUCACAGCUAGCCAGUUUGCUCAAGGUCCAUCUACAGCUGAGAGGGUUCAGCGUUUUCAUAGACGUCGAGAGGCUAGAGGCCGGGAAAUUCGACAACAACCUUUUGCAGAGCAUUCAGAAGGCGAAACACUUUUUGCUGGUGCUUACGCCGAACGCUUUGGACAGGUGUGUGGACGACAUUGAUAGAAAAGACUGGGUGCACAGGGAAAUUUGUGCAGCUCUAUCAGCGAACUGCAACAUAAUUCCGAUCAUAGACAACUUUACUUUUCCCGAAACAGAAACCUUGCCUGAAGACAUGCGACAAGUAUGUCAUUUCAACGCCGUGCGGUGGAUCCAUGACUAUCAAGACGCCUGCGUGGACAAACUCGAGAGGUUCAUGCGAGGCGAAGCGAAUCCACGGUGCGGAGACAAUCUGUUGAACCGCGUAGGCCUCAAGGGCGACAUCACUCCGGGUACCCCCUCGAAUCCUAGCCUAGUUAGGCAACCCCCGAAUUACCAGCGAAUGCACAGCAACGACUCUGGCAGCGGGAAAGGCUCCGACAAAGACGUCAACGGGAAUUCGGGGUUGACAAGAGAUUGACUAGAUGGCCCCUAUGCCUCGGUUACACCUACUCCACUGCCAAGUUCCUUCCUCCAGAUUCUGUAAGGCGAACAGUCCGUCCCGCAACUGGAUCAUGAACUCGAACAGGCUCGGGGGUCUCCCGCCGCAGUACCCGUACCCCCGGAGGGGUUCGAACACGCCCGUCUCAUCGCUGGCGCUGGCCAGCCACCCUCCGGCCCCGCCCAACAGAUCUCGUAGCCUCGACGGCCUCCUGGACGCCGGCGAGGCCAUCCAAGCAGCUUCAGAAGCAACUAAGAGUGAACAAGUUCCGUCCCCGCAGACCGCGACCAAGAGUUGCGACAACAUCGACAAGGAUUUUCGUGACGAUUAUGAGACUGAGAGUUAUUUAAGUAGUAAGAGUCGCGUUUCGGACGACAGCAGUGAACUCGACAAAUGUUCCGUUUAUAGCAGUUCGAGCGAAUCGAAACGCAAGAGGAACUUCAUGGACAGGUGCGUCAACAAAGUUCGGUCUAUGAUCAAGAAGUAAACGCCUGCAUGUGCGAAGAAGGGUAGGUAUAGAAUUGUGUGAAAGACUAGGGGUUUUCUUCGGUCAGGUUGAAGUCCACUUUCACUGAAAGGCUUGUGUCUUAUGUCGAAUGUUUCCUUUAAUUCUAGAAUGAUAUCAGUCUUCAGGUUUUAAUCUCUGUUGAUACGUGAAUUUACUGGAUACAUCGAUUUUUCAAACACUAUAACAGCUUCAACUAGGAUGUAAAAUCUAGAGAAUAUUUCUCUAAUACAAACUUUUGACAACAGUUGUCUGUAGACAGUUCUCUCCUAAAAAAUCAGAAAUUCUAGUCAACUUGCACUUGGACUUGUGGAAUUGCCAUGUUUUAUAAUGGAAAUUGAUUAGUGGGUAGUUAUUUGUUUGAAGGGAAGGUUUUAAUGGGAAUUUACAAAUGCAAAUAGAUACUUGUAUUAUCAACAGAAGAAAAGUAUUUUUGGAGAAACAAACUUGAAUAGUUCUGGUAGAUAUUAGAAAUUGGUUAAUUUCAGAUGUUCUCAUCUUCCAAGCAGUAAGUACCUAAUAGAUUUUGUAUUAAAAGUUGUCAAGUUUCAAAAAGUAUAUAGUGGAGUUCAACAGUCAUCUUCAUAAUAUGAGUUGAAAGAACUUACAGAUUUAUUUAAAAUUACUCCACAAUAUUCAGAAAUUAUUCCUGGGAUAUUAAUUACUUUUAUUAGUAUCAUUUAUUGACUAAUAAGAAAACAAUAUCCAAAAAAGUAGAAUCCCAUAUUUCAGAGGAAUUUCAAAAUAUCAAAAUUUACAAAAAUGUGGGUUCAAAAAAUGUUCUUUCGCAGAAUGUUCAAAAUAAGGAAGCAGUACCCACUUAACCUACAGGAGAUAUCAAAAAGUCACUCAGAAAUUGUGAAACAUUUUAAAUUAGUAAAUUUAAAAUCAAUUUUCAAUGAGGGGUAUCUUGAAAUAGAUUCCUUUGUAAAAGUUCAAAACGAAGAUUUAUUUUGUCAUUUUUGAAGCAGAUGUUUGGGUACAAUUUCUGUCAGCCUGACACAGAACCAUAAAAAAAAAUUUCAAAAACAAGUGCUAGAGUCAGAAAGUGUUGAAAAUGUGUACUUUCAACUUUUUUUAGGUUAUGAAGGUUCGUAAAGAAUCAUUUGAAGAACUGAAGAAAGUCUUACAGUAACACAAUGUGAAACUUAUCAAACAGACAAAAGGAACAAGUUCAUCACACUUUUACUUCUAAUAUCCCCUAGUGUUUUCACCCAGUUUCUCCUACCUGAGUGUCGAUUUCAUCCCUAAUAUGACAUUAGAUUACCGAUUCCCUAUUGAACGGAUCGAUAAGUGAUAUUGUUAUUUAAUUUAUUUUCGUAUAUGGCAACUAAAUUACUUAGUACAAAACUAUUGUGCUUUCCUAUUGAAUUUGUAAAUAUUGUGAACUGUGUGAUUGUCGAGCAGCUUCAUAGAAUGUAUCAUGGCCUAUUUUUAGACCGAUUUUGAAGUAUUCAUAAGUGCUGUCAAAGUGAUCCUUCGUUUGACAUUACUUGUUUUCGAUUUUAACGUUUUUUAACAUGCGUAAUUUUAUUCUACCUGAGCUUGCUUACGUCUCUUGUGAGCAAGGCCCUGAGGUAUUGUAUAAUAUUGUGGAGCACCAUUUUUUCGGUUAAUUUUAUUGUAACUAUUCCGAAUGGUGCUCGUAAUUCUGCUUUAACAUUUAUUAUUAGCAAGUAUUUUAUAAGUAAAUCAUUGUUUUUUAUUCAUGUUAUAUUUAAAAAUAUAUUUUAUUAGGAUUA